AUGGGCCACAAUCUUUUCAUUCUCUCUCCCUUCUUACAACCUUCAGACAUCAUCAUGGCCAAUAAUUUGCCGAAUCAACAACAACAGAACCUACCCCAGCCUGACUUCGUCGUCGUCAGGUCUCAUCUAGACGGUCUCGCUACCCAGCUGCCCCUUUUUGCCAAUAUCCCAGCAGCCCAGCAGGACGGUACCCAGCAGAUCCUUGCUCAGCUGGGUAUCAUUAACGGUCGCCUGGAUACCAUUCACGGUCGCCUGGAUACCAUUGACGGUCGCCUGGAUACCGUUGACGGUCGCCUGGAUACCAUUCACGGUCGCCUGGAUACCAUUGACGGUCGCCUGGAUACCAUUGACGGUCGCCUGGAUACCGUUGACGGUCGCCUGGAUACCAUUCACGGUCGCCUGGAUACCAUUGACGGUCGCCUGGAUGCUGUUGAGAUUCGUCUCACUGCCAUCGAGAUAAGGGCUGAAAACGAGAGAUAUCGGAAGCAGAACGCACAUCUGUUGGCUAGUGACCGUCAAAGCAUACUGCAUCCCCUCCUUGAUAUUCGAACCGGCGCACCGAUCGAAAAUUGCCCUCGUACAACUGACGAGAUAUCCUCUCUCUCUGGUCCGGAUGCCUCUGCGAUUUUAAACGCUUUCAAUAUCAUUCCUCCACCUCGUGUAAGAGAUCGGAGAGAGCGCGUUCGCGAGGAGCUAUCCGGCUUCUAA